CGCCUCAGGAAAACAUGGGAGUCCCCAAGUUUUACCGCUGGAUAAGCGAGCGGUACCCGUGCCUGAGCCAAGUGGUGAAGGAACAUCAGAUUCCGGAAUUUGACAAUCUUUAUCUGGAUAUGAAUGGAAUUAUCCAUCAGUGUUCUCACCCAAAUGAUGAGGAUGUGCACUUUCGAAUCUCUGAGGAAAAGAUAUUUGCUGACAUUUUCCACUAUGUGGAAGUUCUGUUUCGCAUCAUUAAACCCAAAAAGACCUUUUUUAUGGCAGUCGAUGGUGUGGCUCCAAGAGCAAAAAUGAAUCAACAGCGUGGAAGGCGUUUUAGAUCAGCAAAGGAAGCAGAAGAGAAAAUUAAAAAGGCGUUGGAAAAAGGAGAAAAACUUCCUACAGAAGCAAGGUUUGAUUCCAACUGCAUUACUCCAGGGACUGCGUUUAUGGCCAGGCUGCAAGAACAGCUGAAAUAUUUUGUAAACACGAAGAUUUCAACUGAUAGGUCCUGGCAGGGUGUGGUUGUAUACCUGUCCGGGCAUGAGACCCCAGGAGAGGGUGAACACAAAAUCAUGGAAUUCAUCAGAGCUGAAAAAUUAAAACCUGAUCAUGAUCCCAAUACACGACACUGUCUGUAUGGACUGGAUGCUGAUUUGAUUAUACUUGGAUUAACAAGCCAUGAACCAAAUUUUUCCCUUUUGAGGGAAGAAGUUCGAUUUGGUGGCAAGAAAUCUCAGAGGAGGAUUGCUGCAGUGGAAGAAACCACAUUUCACUUGCUUCAUCUGUCCCUAAUGAGAGAGUACAUUGACUAUGAGUUUUCACCUAUUCGGGACAAAAUUUGUUUUGAGUUUGACCUCGAAAGGAUAAUUGAUGACUGGAUAUUGAUGGGGUUUCUUGUCGGUAAUGAUUUUAUUCCUCAUCUACCUCAUUUACACAUCAAUCAUGAUGCACUGCCUUUGCUGUACAAAACGUACAUUGAUGUCCUGCCAACCCUUGGAGGGUAUAUUAAUGAAGGUGGAACAUUAAACUUAGAGCACUUUGAGAAGUAUCUUGUAAAAUUAUCAGAGUUUGAUCGUGAACAUUUCAGUGAAGUUUUCGUUGAUCUAAAGUGGUUUGAAAGUAAAGUGGGGACGAAGUACCUCAAUGAGGCAGCCGGCAUUGCAGCAGAGGAAGCCAGAAAAUGCAAGAAGAAAAACAAGGUCCCAGAUGAUUCAUUAUUUUUAGCUGCGUUAGAUGAAAGUGACCACGAUGUUGAAGCAGAUAGUGUUCCCUCUACAAGCUGUAGCAAUGAACUCAAUCACAAAGAUGUGUCAGACAUUGAAGUUGAAGAUGAAGAUGACUUGUUUGAGACGGAAUUCAGACAAUACAAGAGAGUUUAUUACAUGUCCAAGAUGGGUGUUGAAGUUGUUUCUGACGAAUUCCUCGCUCAACAGGCAGAAUGUUACGUUCAAGCAAUACAGUGGAUUUUGCAUUACUACUACCAUGGUGUGCAAUCCUGGAGCUGGUAUUACCCUUUUCAUUACGCACCUUAUUUGUCAGACAUUCGGAAUAUCCGCAAGUUGAAGAUCAAGUUUGACAUUGGGAAACCCUUCAAGCCAUUUGAGCAGCUCCUAGCUGUCCUUCCAGCAGCCAGCAAAGAUCUUUUACCGAAAUGCUAUGAGUAUUUAAUGACUGAUGAAGAAUCUCCAAUCAUUGAGUACUAUCCUCCAGACUUCAGAACUGACCUGAAUGGCAAGGCACAGGAGUGGGAAGCUGUUGUUCUCAUACCAUUUAUUGAUGAGAGACUGUUACUGGAUGCCAUGGAACUACGUAAUAAGCAUCUCUCAGAGGAGGAGAAACAAAGAAAUAAGCAUAGUGAAUGCUUGAUGUUUUGUUAUGAUAAAGAAAUUGAUUUCAACUAUCCAUCAUUGUGGCCAGAAAAAUUUCCUAAUAUAGAACGAUGUCAUGCAAGGUAUAAAUUAAUCCCUAUGAAUGAGUGGCAUGUCGAUCCCAGCCAGAGCAUUAUGAGUGUGGUUGAUAAAGGUUCCUUGUACUUUUGUGGGUUUCCAACACUGAAUCAUAUUAAGCAUAAGUUCUUCCUCAAGAAGACUGGCGUUCAGGUAUUUCAACAGCCAAGUCGUGGAGAGAACAUGAUAUUGGAAAUAUUACCCCCCAAGCAAGAAGAGGAAAGUGUGGAUGAUAUUGCUCAGCAGGUGCUGGCAAAGCCUGUUUUUGUGAAUUGGCCACAUCUCGAAGAAGCUCGGGUUGUGGCAGUGUCAGAUGGUGAAACCAAAUAUUAUUUGGAUGAGCUCCCAGGAGUACAGAAGGUAUACAUGGGGAAAACACCACCACCUACUAAAGUGGCUUUCCUUAGAGACUCGGAGCAGACCAUGUGGAACAGAGAAGCACAGAAUAUAAGUGAAUCUUACUACAAAAGGAAAGGAAUCACAAUUAAUGAAACGUCUGUGAUUUUGUAUGCACAACUCCUUACUGGCCGUCGAUAUGUAUUUGGUCAAAAUGGUGAAGUUACCUUGAACAAGGAAUGGUCGAAGCAGAAUUUACCUUAUGCUUACCAGACCAUUGUGAAGAACAUAAAAGCAUUUGAUUCCAGUUUCUCGCACUUUAGGACACUCGAAGAGCUGUUCCCAUCCAGCAUUAAGGUCUUCAUGUUGGGAACUCCCUACUAUGGCUGCAUGGGAGAGGUUCAGGACUCUUCUGAUGUUAUCAAGGAUGGUAGAAUCCGUGUGGUGUUUAACGUUCCCUGUGAACCACAACUGGAUGGAAUCAUACAAAACCAGCAUAAAUAUACCACAAAAUAUAAUCCUGGAUAUGUCUUGGCCAACCACCUUGGAGUUAGCGGAUACCUUGUGUCGAGGUUAACGGGGAGUUUGUUUAUUGGCAGAGGAUCAAAAAGAAAUCCGCUUGGAGAGCAAAAGGCAAACGUGGGGCUGAAUUUGAAAUUCAACAAGAAGAAUGAAGAAGUUCCUGGCUACACAAAGAAAGUUGGCAAUGAGUGGUUGUACUCUGCAGCAGUUGAACAGAUACUAUCUGAAUAUCUUGAAAGAUUCCCAGAACUAUUCAUUCACGUUGCUAAAAAUAGCCAGGAGGAUGUGUUUUAUGAGGAUAACAUAUGGGCUGGAGAGGACGAGAAUGGGGCUGAAAAGGUGCAAGAGAUUGUUGCCUGGUUGAAAAUGCAUCCGGUCAGUAGCUUAUCCAGAACAUCAUGCGACCUAAAUGUACUGGAUUCAGCAAUUGUUGAAAAGAUUGAAGACGAAGUGGAAAAUUGCAAGCAGAGGAAAAGUAACAAGAAAGUGAGGGUGACUGUGAAGCCACAUCUUUUAUACAGACCACUGGAGCAACAACAAGGGGUGAUCCCAGACCAGUUGGCAGAGUAUCAUUUAUUUGACCGUGUUGUGAAUGUGAGGGAGAACUUCUCUGUUCCUGUGGGUCUUCGAGGAACCAUUAUAGGAAUGAAAACAGCUGAGAGAGAAUCUGAUAUCUUGUAUGAAGUUCUGUUUGAUGAAGAAUUCCUAGGAGGACUUGCUAUGAGAUGCUCUCCUGGUCGGGGUUAUAGACUCCCCAAGUGUGCCUUAAUCAACAUAAGUCAUGGCAGCCGCCUGGAGUUUGGAGGCCAGAGACCACCACCGUUAUUAAAACCACAGCCAGCGCCCGGAUUUCAACACGCUUCGCACCCUUCCUCUCAGUUGGCCACUCAGAAAGUGUCAACAGGAGGCCUGAACCACUCGCCUCGCUCUCCAUUCGUCCUCACACAGCAGUUGAAUGGAAAGCAACAGUACCUCAGGUCAGAAUAUCAGGGAAAUCAAAUCAACCAUCAGAAAGCUAAUGGUGCAAAUGGUUUGAAUCGAAGUCAUGAGCAGAAGUGCAGAGGAGGAUCAGCCAAACUGGUUAAGCCUGAUGAUGAGUUUUCCAGUGUGUGGCAGUCACUACAGAGCGUUCCUGCAAAUCCUCAACAGAGCAACUCUCGUGCUGCAGAUUUCACAUACAAACCCCCUGCAGGCCAGCAAGACAAAGUUAUGUCUCCUCAAAGGACUAACAAGUCCUUUGGUCUACCUCAGCACGACAGGUCUGGAUCAGCAUCUGGCCAUCAGUCGCAAAAGGCCAAUUCCACUGAAAAUAAAGUGCAACCUUUCAAGACAACGGGGCAACCAAAACAAAGAUGGGUUCCAGCAGAGCAGCCAGCAUAUAACCGAACAGCAAAGGACAACUGUGAAAGCUUGAAGGGAAAAAGUUGGGGACCUGACCACUCUGGGCAGCCACAGCAAUCUGACUUCAAAACACAGAAUAAGCAGGAAUACGGGAGCCAGGGCAAAGCAAACCUGAAGAUUCUCAAGAGGAAUGAGGAGGGACCGAAUCCAGCAAUGGGACCAUCAGAAUUUGAGGAACUCUUCUCCUCAUUAAAAAUGCCAAGUGGACAGUCGGGAAAAGAGACGCAAGGCUCUCAGCAAAAAGACAGCCAGGGAAUUACCGGAGAGCCGCUGUCUCCACAGUCCUUUGCCAUGAAAGGAACACAGAUGCUGAAGGAGAUUUUGAAGAUAGAUGGCGCCAGUUCAUUCCCAGAGAAAGAAGGCAACACGUCUUCCACUGUUCAGCAAAGUGAUUCUCUGCCUUCCCCCGCUCCUCACCGAGGAUAUUCAUCCCACCAGCGUUCAGUUAAAAAGCUCGCUGCCCAAAUGAACAAACCUCAGGGUCCACAAGGUGGAGAAACCACAGGGCAGUAUCGGGGACAACAACAGCCAUCUCUAUCUACCCCCGCCUCUGAGUUACUUCUCGUGUGUGCCAGGUUUGGUCUUCCACAUCCAGAGGUCUCUUUCAUCAAGACCCCGCAGGGCCUGAUAGUUUGCCAAGUAAAGUUAGCCAAUGGUUUGCUUGUCCAUGGCCCUCAAUGUCAGUCAGAAAGUGAGGCCCAGGAAAAGGCUGCAGUGUUCACAUUACAAAGACUGAAUGCAACGGCACAGAAUCUCUCUCUACCUCCCGCAAUCUUUCCCAGUUAUCCAUCAGUUGCAGGAGGCUUGCCAGCUCCAGCUAUCCCCCCGACCUUCAGCCAUCCUUCUGGUACCAUCUUACCACCACAUGGGUUUGCUCCUGUGCCUUGGACAGCUUUGAUCCCUCCUCAGUCCUACAACAAUUACCAGGUCCCAUAUUCAGGGGGGAUCUGUCCUGGAGGAGUACUGAUUGGUACCCACAAUCAAUUUGUGCCUUUGCAGGUGACUAAGAGGAGGACGUCCUUUAAUAAAAUGUACGACAAUUCCGCUCAGCAAAGGUUUCCUCAGCAAAAUGAAUCCGCAACCACUCUGGAGUUCACGAACACAGCCUUACACGGGCCCACAGCUGCUCUCACACCCUCUAGAAACUUUUCCCAAUCUGGUCAAAUGACCUUUGACUCCCAGAGCAAAGCAGCUAACCAGAGUCCCAGUCAACCCCGAACACAGCAGCAGUUAGCACCAGGUUCUGGUGGCAAACGUAAACCGAGGAAGCUGGCUGUCAACUUUGGAGCACCCCAGCCUCCCCAGUAGUUAAGGUUGGCUGACAUCAAGAACCUGUGUGAGGAAUGCAGGCGGGCAAACCUUCUUCCUGAACGUUCCGCAACACAGUGCUUUGGAGUACUGCCUUGGACAAUUCUCUUUGCCAAAUCACUUGAUGCUGCAGCGUGAUAUUUCAGCCGCAGCUAACGCGUGCAGCUACAAGUGCUCCGGGAUUAAAAACUCAUGGUUAAUCCAGGAAACCUCAAUGAUUCCCAAUGUUAGGUGUGUUAGUGAUGUGCUUUCUCAAGGGGUAAGAAGCUCUGUUAAUUCUUUGAUUGCCAGAACUCUUAUAGUUAUAGAAGGGACCAGGAGAUAGAGAUAUAGCAAGAUAGAGAAGGAGGGAAAAACAAAACUACCUCUGACAGAUUGCAAAGAGAGUGCUGAGGGGGAUGGUAAGCGGGGCCAACUUGGGACUGAGCUGGCUCCAAAGUGACGUGCCUGGGAACAGAAUCUUGGAAUUGAGUCAAUCCUCUGCGACCAUUACUGUUGUCUGUUGUCCAUUACUCCUUGGCACUGCCUCUGACUGACCAGCU